CACACAUACAGUAGCCUACACACUGAAGGCAGCCUCUUCACCCAUUCUCUUUGAGUGAUUGGGUUAGGGCUUCAUUCAGCAUCCGUUAUUAUUCAGUCUUUCUGGAGCCCACCCACCUCCUCCUCUACCUCCUCCUCUUCUCCAUCUCUUUCCACUCCACUUGACAGCAGCAGCACAGAGCCGCUGCACCGCUGCGCUGCACUGAUGCAAAGUUCACGUCCAAGCGGAAACAUACGGUGCAGACCGCAAACCGAGGAGGAUGACAGAGAAAAGACGUGGUGAAGUCGUGUCAUUGUGAAGGGACUGCGCUCUAACUUUAUUUAAAGCUGGCCUAAAGUGAACUGAAUGAAAACACAGAAGCCCCCCCACCUGGAAACCACCGGGGAACUAAGUGGAUUGAAGAAGGCAGAGAGCGAGUGAGGGAGUCAGAGAGGGAGGGGAGACAGAAGGGAUUAGCAGCUAAUCCAGCGCAUGGACAAUCCUGGAUGAGCCGUAUUUUUUCUUCCAGGAUGAUGCAAACAAAACAGUCGCUGGAUUACGGCACUUUACUUUAUUGCCCCUUUUGAGAAAGCCUCUUUUUUGCCUCAGCUCUGAUUGUGCUGCUCAAAGGUCUGACAUCUUGGGUGCAGAGGGGCCAGGAGGACAGAGGACAAAGCAGCGGGGCGACAGGAUGUCCCAUGGACAGCGUGGUGCUACACAUGGAUAAACCUCUUUAGUGGGAGACGGUGCAUGGCAGUGGACCCCCCCGCCAGUCUCUCUGCUUUGACUUUGACGAAGACAACUGCAUGAGACGCACAAGGUCUUCUGAAAAGUUGAGCUCUACUGAAGAUGGAAAAAGGAGUCGCUGCCUUGGACCCUGAACUGGGAUUUAAACUUGACUGACAUGUAAUCAGAGCUCACACGCUGUCAUUCACAUUAAAGGGAAAUUAUACAACUUUUCUGCCGCCAUGAGUCUGGGAAAACUGCCAGGGAUUAAGGGCCUUGUAUCGGGCUCUCAAGGGAAACGUCGUUUCAAGAGUGAACUCUCUGUGGACAUGAUCAGCCCGCCGCUGGGUGACUUCAGACAUACUAUGCAUGUGGGCCGUGGCGGAGACGUGUUUGGUGAUACUUCCUUCCUUAGCAACUAUGGGGGCAUCAGGGAGCCAGGAAGUCCGGACUCGUCAAACAGCUCCAAGACAACCGGGUUCUUCACCCGCACCUUUCGGCAUGUGCGGAAGAACUCUGGGCCUCGACCGCGAGGGGGCUCCCGUGACCUGUCAUCCCCGCCACCUGACAUUUCACCCAUCAUCAAGAACGCUAUCUCCCUUCCCCAGCUGAACAUAGACUCCCCCAAUGGGUGCCUACAGAGGGUGCUGUUCUCCAGCUCCAUCAGCACGACAGAUGACUCCCUCUGCUCAUAUGGUCUGCAGUCUGGAUUUGUCACUCUGCCCCGCUUCUCUCGCCUUGACAGACAGUUUCAAGAUGGAGACGUCCGGAAAGGGUCUUUAACCGACAGUGGAGGCAUCACACUGACACGCUCAGACUCCCUCACCUCGUUCACUGUAGACCUCGGCCCUUCCCUUAUGACUGAGGUACUGAGCUUGAUUGACAACCCCAGCUGCCUUCAGAUGUCCAUUGACAGCCAGGCAGCAGAUGAGGAAGAGGAAGAAGAGGACGACGGCUCUCUGGCAGAGACGCCUGUGCAGAGCCCUUUGAUGACUUCUCCCAACCCUUCCAUGGGAAGCGGGUCAUUCAGCAGUAACAUGAACAACAGGGGGCACUCUUGUAGCUCUAACUGGACAGAGCAAGAGGAGGAGAGGAGGUCACAGAGGACACCAGACGCAUGUGCUGGGUCUCCUCAGAGAGCGGAGCCUGCCAUGGAGGCAGAGAGGUUUCAGAGGGCGGCUGACGUGCUGUCUCGUCAUUAUGGUGGAGGAUCCUUCACAAGGGGAUCUAGGACGAGCAUCAACACCACCUCUCCUGCUUUUUCCCAGAGCCGCAAAACACCAUAUGCCUUUUCUGAAGAGGAGGAAGAGAUCAAAGUCUAGAUGUUGAAACUUGGAAAACGAGUAAGGACUGCAUCGAUGAAAUAAAACAAAUAAACAAAAACUUCAUGUGCUUCACCUGAGUUCUGGAUUCAUUUCUGGUCACAGAGGCUGAACUUGUCCAUAGAAAUAUCCUGGAUGGAUGUUUGAUGAUGAUCUUGACUCUGGACCUUCCCCUUUCUGUGCACUACUAUCUAAACUAAUCUAAACAUAUAAGUCACUGAAUGACUCUGACAUCACAAAAUGGAUUCCUGUCAGGACAAACUCUUGAUAAUGUAAUAAUGACUUUUAGUUUUAUUAGUAACAAAGAUUAAAACCUGCAUUAACUAUACUUGUGACUGGAGACUACAGUGGAGCCCCAUACAUUUUGAAUGGACUUUUUCUAUUUUUUAUUCACAGUAUACAUAAUCACUUACUCCAUAAUCAUGAUGUUCAAUGUCUUUACAUAAAUAAGGUUGUUCAGGGUCAAAGGUCUGAGGCGUCAAGCUGAAUCUGAGGAACAGAGUUUUAUAACAACUGUGAUAAAACCUCUGUAUAUUGUGAAUAAAUUAACUGUUAUCAGGAAUAAUGGUGUUAAAACUCAGUUAGUUGUACAAUUACAGCUGAUAUUCCCCCCAGUGUCUAUGAGAUGACUGCACCUGUAACAUCUA